AUUGGGAAAACAUCAUAGUGAGAGACAGACAGAGACAGAGACAGAGACAGAGACAGAGAAUGGCGGAGCUGAAGGUUUACGCAGAUCGGAUGUCGCAGCCAUCGCGUGCGAUCAUAAUGUUUUGCAAGAUGAACAAGAUUGAUUUUGAGGAGGUGAAGGUUCAUCUCGCCACGGGCCAGCAUCGCAAUCCUGAAUACCGAGAGAUAAAUCCAAUGCAACAAGUUCCAGCUAUUGUUCAUGGAAGCCUUAAGCUGUUUGAGAGUCAUGCAAUUCUGAGGUAUCUGGCUUGUGCAUUUCAAGGGGUUCCAGACCACUGGUAUCCUUCUGACCUUUCUAACAGAGCCCUAAUUGAUGCUAUCUUGGAUUGGCAUCAUUCAAACCUAAGGCGGGGCGCAGCUGCUCUUGUUUUUGAUACUAUAUUGGCACCGAUAUUUGGUCGUCCUCUGAACCCGCAAGCAGCAGAAGAAGCAGAGAAAAUUCUGGACUCGUCUCUCUCAAAAAUUGAAAGCCUGUGGCUUCCAGGAAACGCAAAGUUCUUGCUGGGAAAUGCUCAACCAUCUAUUGCAGACCUCAGCUUUGUCUGUGAGAUAAUGCAAUUGGAGCUUUUAGAGGAGAAGCAUCGGGAGAGAAUAUUUGGUCCCCAUAAGAAGAUCCUACACUGGAUUGAAAAUGUUAAAGCUGCAACAAAUCCGAAUUUUGAAGAAGUUCAUGCAAUGCUCUACAAAACAAAAGAAAAAAUACACGGUAAGAUGAGCGAUGAUGCUAUGAAAUCUGGCCCCUAAGUUGAAGUGUCACAUGACUGAACUUCUUGUGUGUGAUAUAAUGCAUCAAUGGUGUUGAUGUUCCUAAUAAGUAAUGUCAGUAACAAUGUGAUUGUAAUGCAUCAAUUCUGUUUGUUAUGAGGUGACCGAACUUCUUGUGUGUAAAACUGAACAGUAUGCAACUCAUGAAUUUCUACGUUUGAUGUUCUCUAUCAAUAAAGUUUGUCAUGUAAAAUAUAAAGCUUUUGUUGCGAAA